UGAAAGAGACAGUGGACCGACUGCUCAAAGGAUAUGACAUUCGCUUGCGGCCAGACUUUGGAGGGCCCCCGGUGGACGUCGGGAUGCGGAUCGAUGUCGCCAGCAUAGACAUGGUCUCGGAAGUGAAUAUGAUACCCUUACCGUAUUUUCAGUGAUCUCUGCCUUUUGUUCUCACAGCUGUGUUAAUGUAAGUGUAUGCAAAGGCAUUAAAAGAAGUUGUUAAUCUAGAGGUGGGGCCUCAUGGAAAUUCCACUAUCUACCUUGGCCUGUCUACAUGCAACAUCCAUGUCAUGUCUAGAAAACACCUCCUCUCAGUAAACUGAAAUAACAGCAGAAGUCAGAAAAGUAGACAGAGAGGGAAGAUGGGAGCGAAGGAACUCUAGAGAGAAUAGGUCACAGCUGUUGUGAAUAUGGAGAGGGAUGGGGUAACAGGCAUUAACUGAGGCAUGGGAAGCAGAAUAAGACAAUGGAAAAUAGAGGGAGGAAAGAAAAAUAACACUAAGGAUGUUGGUUAAAAGCUAUAAGGAAACAUUCUGUUUUAAAAGCUUAUCUGAAGACAGAUAUAUAUCUUAUGUAUCAUAAACACAUUAGUUUUUCAACAUAAUAUUUUUUAUUAAUUAUUUGGGAAUUCCAUACAAUGCACACUGAUCACACUAAUUAUUCCUUUUAGGUUCAUCAUCUCAUCCUUGUGCCAACCCCUUCCCACCAAAAGGAAAAAUAGACCCAGUCCAGUUUUUGUUGCCCGUGUAUUCAUUGGCACCCCAUCAAAGUCCCAGCUACUAGCCACUUAAAUAAAACUGAGUCCUUCCUCAGCCCCUGUCAGAAGUCAUCAACUAUGAGAAGUUAUGCGUCAUCAUCUUUGUUACGAACUUUAAACACUCUCUUCUAUACUUCCUGUCUGAAUUGUCUCUCUUUUGUUGGGGGGAAGGAAAGAAGUUGUCAUAGAAGCCUUUAAUGUGUCUCGUUUUCAGUUAUGAGUUUGUAGUAUUAGUAGCCUUGAAAUACUAAAAAGAAGGAAAAAUAUUUAGUGAUAUAAAUAAAUAAGCUCAAACCUCAGUUCAUGUGUAAACCAUGAGUCUUUGAGAUUGUGAAAUUUACUCAGUGGUGUCAUCCACUGAGCCGAGUAGAAUUGUGCACUCUGAGUGUGUGCUCCCCCUUGUUUCUGAGUGUGUGCUCCCCCUUGUUUCUGAGUGUGUGCCCCCCUUGUUUCUGAGUGUGUGCUCCCCCUUGUUUCUGAGUGUGUGCUCCCCCUUGUUUCUGAGUGUGUGCCCCCCCUUGUUUCUGAGUGUGUGCUCCCCCUUGUUUCUGAGUGUGUGCUCCCCCUUGUUUCUGAGUGUGUGCUCCCUUUUGUCCGUGCUCCCUUUUCACUUCCUCUUAUGUGGAAGCACACUUGAUGCUGGCGCUGUGGUUUGUCUUGAUACUUGGAACCAUUGGCAGGAUUCUCUGGAACCUACCUCGUCUGUGCACACAACAAGUGCAAUUGAACUUUUUCCUUCUUUGUCCUUUUUGUUUCCAUUUCAACUUCAUUAAUUUGUCUUUUCUGAGUUAAGUUUCCCAGCCCCACUUCAAAUCAAUAUGUGUACCAUUUGCUUUGGGGACUUAUUGAUUCUCUAUGCCUGGUUUAAAGAGCUCAUUCCUGUGUUGGCAUUUUAUCAUGAAACUACCUACAUGAACAUUGCCAUUCUCACAGGGGACUUUUAAGACCUUCUAUUAUUUGUCACUGAGAACUGCUUCCCUCCCAUCCUAGAUAGAGUUUCUAUUAAAUGUUCAUAUUGCUUUUUAUUGUUACUGCUAUUCAUGUAAGAAACCCAAUGCUGAUUUAUAAUAUCAGCUUAGGCUGUAGAUAUUUUUAGGUUUAACAGCACUGUGGAGGAAUUUACAGUAAAGGUGACAUCUACUAUAACUUGGGCUUAAUUAAGUUGCCUAAAGAUAAAUAGCUAUCUCUACUGGUGACUUAUCUAGUUGUUGUGACAAGAACCCAACAGGUCCGGUCUUUGACUCCCAGUUUGAAUGGAACAGUUCAUCACAGUGUGGAUAGCAUGAGGAGGCCUGCGCAACUGAGCAUAGGUACACGGUAGGAACACAAGGAACUGAUCACUGGAGUAGAGAAGCAGACAGCGAGCUUCUCCUUUCUUUUUUUUUUUUUUUUUUGGUUCUUUUUUUUCGGAGCUGGGGAUCGAACCCAGGGCCUUGCGCUUCCUAGGUAAGCGCUCUACCACUGAGCUAAAUCCCCAGCCCCGCGAGCUUCUCCUUUUAUCUAAUCCUUUACUCCUACCAUGUGGAAACUCACUAUUAGGAUACCCACGGUGAGUUUCAUGCUGAUCUUAAAUCUAUUCAGGUUGAAAAUGAAGAUUACCAAUUACACCAUGUAAAACUGAAGUGGUGGCAGUGGGGGUGAGAGGCUGUGAUUAUUACUUAGAAUGGCAGUUCAGCCCCAGAGUUUUGCUAAUCCAUGUGUUCUUAGUCUAUAGUGACCCCAAGAAAAUAUCAUCAAGUUGCCGAUUAUAUAAUUUCAUUGUUAGAAAAGUCAAAACUUCAGAAGCCAUUCACCUAAGCUCCUAUAUUCAGGCAAAAACAUUUUACCUUUUUGGUGAUUGAUUCCCAGUAAUCAUGGGUUUGACUUACAGGGCAAUAUAAGCUAUUCUCGAGCCUUCUCUCCAAGUUAAAAGACCCAUGUUAUGACUGUGGGUAUAGCUAUGGGAAGGAAGCUCUUUCUUGUGUUUGAGAAGGCCACCAAAGAACAAGAAUUUUAAUAAGCCAUAGGCCAGUCCGUUUUGAACAGCAGGAACCAACUUGCAGCAGGAGGAGGAAGCCAUUACACCUGGUAGGAGGUAGGAGUAGGGUCCUGUUUCCCAGGACAAAACAGAAGAGAGAAGAGAUACAGUGAGUAGUAGCGAAUGAAUUUCACCUCUCCAAGGAUAUUUUUUAGGAUGACAGACAUCCUCUAAAUGCCUUAAAGGCAAGAGAUUGUCACUUUGAUCCUUGAUCUUACCUCAGAAGUUCAUGUUGACCUGCUCCCAGAAACCUCCAGUAACAAUUAAAACUGUAAUUGUCUUCCUAGACCCAAACAACAAAGUUUAUGAUACAAAUUGAAUAAGAGAUUUUGAGAGGGUUGACUGUGAUUGUCUUCCUAGACACAAACAACAAAGUUUAUGAUACAAAUUGAAUAAGAGAUUUUGAGAGGGUUGAUUACUUAUUGUCUUUGCUCCUUUAAAAGCUUAAGAAAUACGCAGCAUUUCAGAGCAGGAAUUUUUUUUUCUCGCUAACUUUUUUAUUCCAUCCUACCUCUAGGAUGGUCUCUCUGGGGAUGUUAGGUGGGGGUGGGCAGCGUCAAGCAAGAAAGCAAAAAAGAAGCAGUCCCCAGAUGCCUAAGAAACUUGGUCAACUGUGCAUGUGGCUGCAACCCUCACCCCCCGCGCCUUGCCCUUACACUUUACCAUCGGCAGACUCUGCCUUCAUGAACAGUAGAUUCACUCUAAAAGUCAGUGGCACACUUUUCUGAAAACAAAUGUCUUCAAUAUCUUCUUUAUUGAUUGCAAAAAAAGGCAUUCAGUUGUAAAUUUGCCUCUGUAAUUUUGUUUGAGGAUAUUUACUCUAGAAACUACACUCAAAGGUUAUUUUAGAAAGGAAUAUAGUAAGACAAAUAUUAUACUUAUUAACUUAAGACUUUUAAAGCUACAUGUUCAUGGUUUUAAAGAUAUCAGGCUCAGUUAAAGCUAAUGCUGCUUUUGGUUGAUAGUUUUAGGGAAUUAGAAUCUACUUCUAAUUAAAGCACUAUAAAAAAAUCAAACAAUUACAAUUUUGCUAAAAUAAAUUUUAAUAAAAAUGUUUAUUUAAUAACCUGUUAAGGAUAAUAACUCAGGGAGGACUAUGAUAACUGAAAAAAUCAGUUUUCUUUAAAAUUGUGUUUUUGUAAAACCUUAUAAAAUCUAAGCCCAGAGAUUGAUUUCAAAUGGCUUUAUUUCAGGAGGCUGAGUAAGACUUGGGAUAAAAGGUCUAGCAGAAAAAUAUUCAGGAAAGAUGAUUGUAUGCCUUGAAGGAAAGAAGAAAUGUAAUGUUAUUUUUUUGACCUUUGAGGUUGGACCAUUUUGAUUAGUUUUCCAUACCACUGAUGUUAGACUUAUUUUUAUUUCUAGUUUUAACAUUUUUAAAUCAAAUGAGCUCCUUUCUCCUUGUUGAGCCUGCACAAAAGAAGAUCACGUCUUCUUUUUUGCUCCAACAGCAUUCAUUGAUUGAAACAACAAUCUAAGUAUCAUCCUAUGUUAAAGUCUGUAUUAAUGAGAAAGAUAAGGUAAAGGUAGCUGUGCUGUGAUGCAUGUAAUAGAAUAGAAAAGGCCAAUAACCUCCACACUUAAUGGUAGAGAAACCCAUGGCAAGACCAUAUCACAAUUUAAAAAAAAAAAACACCAUCCAAAGGCUGAAAUGCUCACAGUCAAUAUAGAUACUUAUGAAUCAUAGACGUGUGUGCUGAGAUAAAUGAGACAUGUAGAAAUAUUAUACUGGGAGUGACCAGGAAAAUAGCACACAAUUUAGUGCCUAGUUGGAGGAUAUGAAAAGUUCCAAAAGUCAACUGGCAACAACGUUGUGCUAUGUUAAAAUAGUGGACUUAGUCCUCCAUAUGUUACAAAUUGUAUGUGAGUUUUCCUUCACUGUUGUAUAUUUUUUGGACAAAAUCUGUUUGCAUUUCUUUUAGAAUUGGGCCAUGUCCCACCCCUUUUACCUCAAUAUGCAGUGCAGAGCAAUGUCUUGCUAUGAGUGAAUUAUGAUGUUGAUAUUUCCAUAUAUGGCAAAUCAUGUAUGUAGCCACAAUAUUAUCACAAAACUAAAUGGUGUAUUUCAGGAAAAUGGCCUCAUAACAGUGGAAACUGCGAUGUGGAAUUAAAGUGGAACUGUGCCCUGUAAAUGAUUUUUUAAAUGUAAGAUAAGAUUAUUUAAACUAAGAUUUUAUUAUAAAUUUUCAUUGCCUUGUUUCCACUUGGAAUUAUGUGUACAUUUAAUUGAGAUGCAAAAUAUCCUUAUUUUAAUCUCCUUCUUUUGAGCCGCAUCCUUCACCAACACAACAAGCAACAGAUACUUGUGAUACCAGAAAUGAAGAGAAGAAGCAGCAUUUCUGCCUGAAAUCAUCUGUACCAAACAGCCCUGUGACACUUAAAGGGUAGAGUUUAUGGUUUGUGUUUGACUUUUUCUAAGUGUAUAUAUGUGGACCUAUAUAGCUGUAAUGGAAAGAAACAUCUCAAGAUUUAGACACACCUCUCUUUCAGGUGACACAGCAACAAAGCCAAUUCUGGAAAAACACAGAGCUCGAAAGUGCUGUGCCCUGGUUUUGAGCACUUGACCCUUAGAUAUCAGAUGCCUAUGACAAAUUAAAAGGAACACAAAGGAAAGAUUUGUCUAUCUUCCUUCAAAGCUAGCAAUGCAUUUUCACUAAAACACUUCCUUCAUCUCGGCAGGUAUUUCUAGGUUGGAGAGUGGUGCCCAUUCUAAGACCUCAGAUGAACGCUACUGCUCUUUUAAUUAGCAUAGAGGCUGCCUUCUACUGCACAAAUUGACAAUGACCAAGAGUCAUACAGACUCGGUGAGUGGUCAUAAACUUGGCUCUGAAGGUGCAUGACGAAGGUGCUCUAACAUCACAAGCUUGCACAUCUGCAUUUUCAAACCAGCACAACUGUUAAGAGAUCCAUAUAAAAAGAAAAAAAUCAGGUAUGAUUUGAAGUAUAGCAUUUAAAAUUAUUCAUUUAUGUUUGUGUACACAUGGUGCAGAUGCCUUUGGGGCACAGAAGAGAGUAUCAAAUCCCCUGGAGCUGGAGUUACAGGUUGUUGUUGUUAGCAACAUGACGUAGGUGCUCAGACAUGAACUCUGCUCCUCUACAAGAGCACCAAGGCCCCUUAGCCAAGGUUUUGCUGUGUUAGCCAACAGAAAUUAUUAACAACAAAUAAACAUAAGUUUCCUACCCUCCACUAUAUACCUUUUCAGAAUUGUGCAUAUGGGAAUGAAUAUUUUGCACCUACUUUUAGAGAGUAUAAGGAAAUGUAGAUAGAAAAUGCAAUGUAGUGUUGGUAUACAUUAAGAGAAAGAGCAGAAUAUGAAAAUGCCGGUGAAGGCAUCAAUCAAUUACUUUAAAAAAAAGAAGAAAAGGAAAGAGAGGCUAGAACUCUGGGAGGUUGACUUACAUCUUUGAUUUAAGAUUAAGGAGCCAAUAUAAAUCUUUGGAGAGGUGUGGUUGAAAUUGAAUUCUAAAGGAGGAUGAGACACUGCUCAGCUGGAUAAUAGCCAGUGUAAAGCCUCAGAGACAAGCAAGCUAAAGGAAAGCUCUGAGAACUUCAAGUGGUACGAGGGGCCAAAGAGUAAUAAGAGAGGAAGAUGGGUGGGAGGUGAGGUGGGAAACCCAUGCUGGACAUCAAGGAUGUGGUAGGAUAAGAGGACUAGAAUAUGAACCCCAUCAGACUGAAUUGAAAAAGAAACAGAAGGAGCUAGAGAAUAAUGACAUCAUUGGAACAGUCUAGAUGAAGAAAGAUGGCAGACAGUCUCAAUGGAGGACAGAGCUCAUGGUAUCUAAGGAGGACAGAGUUAACAGGUCUGGUGGUUGCCUACUUCGAGGAACAAAGGAUAGAGGGGUAUUUCUAGUUCCUCGUGUAGACAACUGGAUGCUUGUGCUUUCUUUGGGAUUGGAGCACAGUGCCAGACUGAAGAAAGUGGGCAGGGGUCAGGGGAGAUGAUAAGUUGAGUUUAAGAUAUUUGUAGACUCUUCAAUGAAGAUUUCCAUGACACUGAUUUUGCACAAAAAUGGAAGGGGAACUCUUUCUGGUUUUUGUUUUACUUUGUUUGUUUGUUUGUCCUGGAAUCUUUAUUUUUGUUGUAUCACAUUGCCAACUGGAAAGAAAGACAUAUUAUGGUCUCCAGCAAAACUAAAAGAAAUUAGUAAAUUUAAUGUGCCUUGCUAGAAGAAUUUUUACAUUCUGACAGUGCCUUAAUUUCAUGUUUCUUAUUUAAAUUUAAGAAAUAUUUCUAAUAAAUUUUAUUAAUCUAAGAGAAUUUCAUACAGUGUAUCUUUUCUUAAUUUAAUCUUCUAAAUUUGAGAUUAUAAUAUAAUUACAACAUUUCUCUUUUCUGUUUUCUUCCUUCCAGCCCUUCCCUGUACUCCUUCCUUCUCUUUUUUCAGGGCCUUUUUCCUCACACCCAUGUACAUAUAUUCCUAGAUAGAACCUGCUCAAUCCCUAUAAUGUUACUUCAUUCAAUGUAUCUUGAUCGUAUUUAUCCCUACUUCUCUCUUCGCUUGUCCCAGGUCUACCCUUUUCAUUUCAUGUCUUUUUGUCAUUUAUUGCUUUUGUUUUGUCUUCUUUCUGUUUGUUUUGAAGAAACACCAAACCAGCUAUCUUGUUUCUUUGAGUCUUAUAAUCUUUCCUUCUCUUUCCUUGAUGUUCCUUGAAACUAAAGUAAAGGGGUUAGGCUUUAAAUGUAGUCAUUGGAAAUAGCAGCCUUCAUGGUCAGUUGACCUCUGCAUUUUGAUCAGUUGUGGUUUUCCAUAAUGGUUUCCAGCUACAUACACACACUAAAUGCUUCCUUGAUGAGAGCGCACUCUCUGUGGCUAUCAGGAUAAAUAUGGAGAAUGCAAUUAGAAAUUAUGCUGCUGUAGGAAACUGGCAGUUGUAGGUUUUCCUCUACAUUACAUGGCCUAACCAGUCAUGGGCAGUUGGCUACAUUUGCAGUGCCAGGCAUGACUUUCUUCCUAUUAAGCAAUUAUGUGACUAUUGUUUACCCCUAAGAUAUAAGUGCACUUUCAGAAUAUUGUGCCAUGCUACUCAUUGCUGUGACAUACUGGCAUUACAGAUGGAGAGGACUAUUGCUUGCUUUUCUCUAUUCAUAGCUUACAUGGCUCUUCUUCUUACUGGAGAGCUAGUCCCCAGUAAGGAGGCUUCCAGGUUAGAUAUGGAUUGAUACUCCAAAUGCAGUGCCUGAAGUGGAGUGUGUCUCCAGCAAUGGAGUCUUAUCUUAGUUUUCUGGAAAGUACAAAGGGCAGUAACAAUAAACUACAGUGUUUGGGGUCUUUGUUAGUAUCUCUGACCAUCAUUUUGAAAGAAAUUUCCCCAUGCUUAGUACUUGGGUUUUUGUUAAAUAGUCUAGGAAUUUUGGAGGGAACAUUGUCACCCAAACUAGAAUAAUUUUAAUUAAACUUACACAUGCACAUGUGUACAUGUGCGCGCGCGCGCACACACACACACACACACACACACACAUAUAGAUAUGUAUAUAUAUAUAUAUAUAUAUAUAUAUAUAUAUAUAUACCCAUGCACAUAAUUUUAAGUAAUCAUAAGCUGAUCCUUUUCAAGCAUCAUUACUAAUAUUGAGUCCUGCUCCUCAUGGCUUCCUCCUUGUUGAUGAAGCUCCUUUCUCACCACUCCACUUAAGUUUCCUUCACCUAUUUCUUGUUUGUUUGUUUCAUUUUCCUGUUCAUAGCAAGCAUGAACUACUAUUCCCCCAUAGUGUUCCUCCUAUCCCCCCUGAUGGCCAUUUUAUACUUUCCUGAUACCUGUGGCUACUGCGGGUUAUGUGCAUGGAUCCUCUUCAGAGUUAACAGCAUAUGAACUGAGAACACAUUUGGUCAAGGUUUGGCACUGGCAUGUAUACAACAAUCUUCCUCAAUUAUAGUUUAGCAUACUGUCCUUUUAAAAUCCUGUGUUAACUAUUCUAAAACCUUUUUUAUUUUUAAGAAAACUACAAAUGAUAUGGAACACCAUCAGUAUUUAAACUGAUAAAGUCAAAUUUUAUCUUUAGAAUAUUUUUAUUUCCUCAGCUGUUUCAAAGAAUACAUGAUUUUCCUUGAAAAUCAAAAAGGAAUACUAUAAAAGGCAGAAAUAAAGAAACAUAAAAUAAAACAAAUAAAAAUGAUAAAACAUUUACUAGUUUGAUUUGAGAUUAUUCUAGUGCAUUUUCAUUCUUAUGUGGUUUUACAUUCUUAUCUGAAUCUUUUCUGCAAGAUCUUCCAUUAAAAUUUUCUGAAUCUUCUCAGCAAGAACUUCUGCUAAAAUUUUCUGUUUUAAAAACAAUGAAAUUAUUUUGUAUAAGGUAAUAUGCUACUGAUUCAUUCUCUCUAUUUAUAUUGAGUGGAAGGUCUAAUUGCCUCACAGCUACUAGAACGGACUUUACUAGACACAGAAUUCUACCUUGGCGGUAUUUUUUUCCUCUUAACAGUGUGAAAGGUUCACUCAAUUUUCAUCUCAUCUGUAUGGUUACCUACAGACCCUACCUAUUAUUUUCAUUGUUUUGCUGUGUACAGUAACUUGCCUUUGUGAUUCUGUCAUAAUUCAAUACUGUAUUUCUGUCAUUUUUGUUUAUUUUUUUUACAUUUUUAUUGGAUUUUUUUAUUUACAUGUUAAAUGUUAUCCCUUUUCCCAGUUUCCCCUCCAGAAAACUGCUAUCCCAUCCCCCUUCCCCUAUUUCUAUGAAGGUGCGCCCUCACCCAUACACCUGGGAGAUACUGUUGUUCUUCUUAUGGGGUUCUUCUUCAGCUCCUUUCUCUAACCCCUCCAUCGGGGACCCCAUUCUCAGUUCAAAGGUUGGUUGAGAGCAUCCUUGUCUAUAUUUACCAGGCUCUGGCAGAGCCUCUCAGGAGACAGCAAUAUCAGGCUCCUGUCAGCAUACACUUCUUGACAUCUACAAUAUUGUCUGUAUAUGGGAUGGAUCCCCCAGGAGGGGCAGUCUCUGGUUGGCCUUUCCUUCAGUCUCUGCCCCACACUUUGUUUUCAUACUCCCUCCUGUGAGUAUUUUUGUUACCCCUUCAAAGAAGGUCUGAAGCAUUCACGCUUUGGUCUCCCUUCUUCUUGAGCUUCAUGUAGUUAGUAAAUUACAUCUUGGGUAUUCCAGGUUUGGGGUCUAAUAUCCACUUUAUUAGUGACUGCGUAGCAUGUGUGUUUUGUGAUUGAAUUGCCUCACUCAGGAUGAUAUUUUCUAAUUCAUUCCAUUUGCCUAAGAAUUUCAUGUAGUCAUUAUUUUUGAUAGCUGAGUAGUACUCCAGUGUGUAAAUGUACCACAUUUUCUAUAUCCAUUCCUCUGUUGAAGGGCAUCUGGGUUCUUUCCAGCUUCUGGCUAUUAUAAAUAUGGUUGCUAUGAACAUAGUGGAGCAUGUGUCAUUGUUACAUGUUGGAGUAUCUUUUGGGUAUAUGCCCAAGAGAGGUAUAGCUGGGUCCUCAGGUAGUUCAAUGUCCAAUUUUUUGAGGAACCUCUAGACUUAUUUCCAGAAUGGUUGUACCAGUCUGCAAUCCCACCAACAAUGGAGGAGUGUUCCUCUUUCUCCACAUCCUCGCCAGCAUCUGCUGUCACCUGAGUUUUUGAUCUUAGCCUAUUUCUGUCUUUCUAAUUUGCUUGAUUUUGCAUUGAUUUUAAUUUCAUGUUCACAUGACCUGAAAGUUUUAUUACUUUUGAAAACUAUCAUUACCAGUUACUACUCAUCAAACUUUAUUUACGUUCCAUCCCACUCUUCCUUUCUGCUGUCAAUUCUAAAAAUAUUAGACCAUUAGAUAUAAUCAUGUAAUUCUAUGACAUUCCAGUUGUCUUUGUGUAUUGCCUCAUUUUUGUCUCUUUUUUAAAUUUAGACACAUCUUAUUGGCUCACCUCCAAGUUAAUGGUGGACCUAAUUGUAUUGCCUAAUCUUAGUUGUCAAGUCGACACCUCUGGGGAGAGGGAACCCCAGUUGACAUAUUAUAUCCAUCAGAUUGACCACUGGACAUAUCUCUGCAGCCAUUUUUCUGAUUGCUCAUCAAUUUAAGAGGCUGCAGGUUGGGCCAUUCUUGGGCAAGUGGCUCUGGGACUGUACAAGAAAGGUAGGUGAAUGCGAGUCUGGGAAUAAGUCAGCAAGCAGCAUUGCUCUGUAGUUUCUGCUUAAAGAUUCUGCCUUGAGUCCCAUCAUCUGCUUCCCUCGAUGAUGGAAUACAGACCUAUCAGACGAAAUAGACUCUUUCUUCCCAAGAUGCUUUGGUCAUUGUAUUUAUCACAGCAAUAGAAAAGCACACAGAGCUCUAUCAACCCUAUAAAAACCAAUUUUACCUUGUUUUGUUUGAUUGGGAUGUCUACCAUCUGAUCUGGAACUCCUAUCUAGGUUUUCAAUUAAUUGCUUUCAAAUAUUAAUUCUAACUAUUUUAAAUUACAUACACUAUAUUAAAACAUGAUCAUCUGCAUGUUUGUUAUCUCUUAUCCACACAUCCAGUCUCCCUGAUUUUUUUUCACCUUUUACUACUUGGUCAAAAAAGCAGACAUCUUGGGUGGUGAGGGAAAGAUGGAGUUUGACAUUAUUUACUCUGGGAAGUAAACAUUUUUUUUCCUAUUGUCGGUGUAGAAGGUGUAGUUAGUCUACCUUGUGUCACCUGUGUCUACUGAUGCCACAGACACCUUAGUUUUUCAUGAAUUCUUCCUCUAGAUUUCCUCACCUUGGGCUGCCCUGCUUUGAGCACUGUCUCCUCCAACUGCAGUUGCCUUUUUUUUUAUUUCUCUUUCUCUCUCUCUUUCUUUCUUUCUUUCUUUCUUCCUGAGUUCUAAAUCCAGGGAUGUAUUUUUAUAAUGAAUAUGAAAUAAAUAGAAAAUAAAUAGAAAAAUCAGAACUAAAUAACAUUAUUAUUAUCCAAAAUCUCUAAAAGUCAUCAAACCAUUACAGAUGAAUAACAAUUCCACAAAAUCCAUAUGCGAUUGUCUUAGAUUCAUUAUAAAAUGUAUGCAAUUAUAUGGCCCAUGUUACAAUGAAUUAAGAUGAUGUAGAAAAAUUUUCUGUGAUCAAAAUGAAUACAACAGGCCUUUUGAGAAUAAUGCUAACUCUUACGUGAUUUUAUUUUUUCAUUGAUUUUUUAUUUACUUGCUUUUCACUUUUAAAUUGUUUGUUUUUUUUUUACUUAUUUACAUAAGUCAAAUGUUGUAGACCUUCCCAUUUCCCCUCCACAAAUCUACCAUCCCGUCUCCUCCCCCUUUGCCUCUAAGAGAGUGCUCCUCCAGCCACCCAGGUUCUGCUUAAUUUUAUCCUGAGCAAAUUAAUUAUCCACUUCAAACUUCCAAGUCUUCAUUUGUAAAUUGGGCACAAAAUAGAAGAAUUUAAAAUGCUCCCUGUUUAGCUUCUGGUGAAUUUGAAUUCUGGUAUUUGAUUGGGAUUUUCAAAAACAUUGACUUCAUUCAUCAGAAUUUGGAGAAUUCAUUACAGGCCAUGCUUUCUCUGAGGACAGUCGUUUCAAUGUAAAAACAGUGACAUUUUCUUGUUGUAUAUUCGGUUAUACAAUUUCUAGGAGAGUUGCCCUAUCUCUCCAUUCUUCUGUUCAGUUAUCCGUGAGAUGGAGUCAACAAUAUCAACCUAAAAAGGCCACCUAAAUUAGUCAGGCUAUGCAAAACUUUAAGAACGGUGUUCAGCAUACAGUGUGCUAUAAACAUAAGCUGGUAUUUGUACAUUGAAAGACAAAAAAAUCAGUCUUGAGGCAAAACCUAUCAGUGACCCCAAAUACAUAUGGAGUGUUACCUAAGUAGAUUUUUUUUUAUAAAUUUGGAAAAAGCCCAAGUUUCUUUCAACACCUUUAUGGUGAUAUUUAUUUGUUUUCUAGAAUUAUAAAGAACUAUGAAUCAUUAAUAAAAUCAGCUGCAAACAGAAAUUUUUAUCACUCCUUUUUUGUCACUUUCUAUUAUCUGAAAACUAGCAGUUAUGUUUACAAUGACCCAGUUUGCCUCUCUUCCCCAAUCUAAAUGAGUUGACUUUAGAUCCACUUCACAUGCAUGACUUCAUAAUUUUAUAUUCAUGAUGUGUUAGUCAUCCCCUCUGAGCUGCCCUCAUUCCUACUGGCAAUCAGAAUCUCCUCAGAUGAAUUUCACAGACACUUGAAAAUUAAUUCUGCAGAAGGCUGAGGAGGUCACUAGACUUAAAGCACACUUUUAGCUUAGAUCUUGGUCACAAUCAGAAUUCACAUGCCCAGGCUUGUUCUAUACUUUUGGGAUAAUAAGGGAAUCCAUGAAAGAAAUAGGAAAGGGUGAGGUGAGGCAGGGGGCUGAGAGUCCCAGUAUCAUCAGAAAAACUGGGUCUUGUAAAAAUCAAUUCACAGUAGUAUACUGUGAAUUUUUAGCAUAUUUCUAGUCAAAGGUUCAUCUACACUAGUAGGUAUUUGUAACAAAGAAAUAGCUAUUGUAGUUUUCCAUCUAAUUGAUUUUUAAUAAAUGUAUUUCUUUAUAGUUACCAUAUAACAGUGAUUAGUUUAGAUACGGCUAUAAUGAUCAUAAUAAUUGCUUUCGGUUAUAUGAAAAACACUUGAUCCCUGUGGUUGAAUUAGGGAAAAGCUGGAGGAAGCUGAGGAGGAGGGCAACCCUGUAGGAGGACCAGCAGUCUCAAUGAGCCUGGAUCCCCAAGAUCUCUCAGGCACUGGAUCACCAACCAGGCAGCGUACAAGAGCUGAUAUGAAGCCCUCAGCACAUGGGCAGCAGAGGACUACUGGGUCUGGGUUCAGUUAGAGAAGAUGCACCUAACCCUCAAGAGACCCCCAGGGGGGCUAGAGGUCUGUUGGAGUGGGGGAGGGAACAACCUCAUGAAGACCAGGACAGGGAGGAGAUAUGGGGUGUGGAACAGUUGGAGGGUGGACCUGGGGGGAAUAAAAUCUGAAGUGUAAAAAUAAAUACAUAAAUAAUAAAAAAGAAAAACACUUUAGUGCACAGCAGUUAUUAUUUUCCCUUAUUAUUGAAAUUAUAAAGAUUACAUCAUUUCUCUCUCCUUGCCUCCCCCCUAGCUUUUCCAUAUACCUCCUUUUGCUCUUUGUCAAAGUCAAGCUCUCUUUUUUCAUUAAUUGCUGUUAUUCACGUGGUCUGUAUAAUGUUAUUCAUAUGUGCAAUGUCACUACCUCGGGGACAUCUCCUUAAUAGUGCUCCUUUCUGGUACAUAAAAAUGGAUAGAUUUCUAAAAGCCAGAAUACUGCAAUGGAUGUGUAGAAAUUACAGUAAUUUCCUAUGAGUUCAUAAUCUAUGACUCAUCUGUGAUCUAGCGAGAUUAACUCCACUGUUAGAGGAAAUCGGACAGCUCUGUUUCUAAGUUUGCCCUUGGAUGCGCUGGGUCUGAGAGAUCUGAGAAACGCUGAGAAACCUCAGAUGUCCAGGCUGUUUUGAAGAUCAGUGUGAAGUCAGAUGUGAAUCUUUACUGGCAAUGUUAAACACUGUACAAUGAUAUGUUUGUGCAAGCCCUGCAGGAUUACUAAUAUUUUCUAGCACAUUAACGAUGUAAUAGUAUUUACCGAAGAGUAGCUAACGUGACUGUGGCUUGAAACGUCCUUUAAAGUGUAACAGUGGCUUCUGGAGAGUGGACGAAUAGAAGUCUGCUCUCCACGGGCGGUGGAUAAAUGAGUGUGAAAGGUCACGACAAAGUGGGUUAACUAACAUAGAGCUAGGUCACUUCAGUGACCAUGGUGUUUCUGUUAACAAUGUCAGUCCUUGUUUACAAUAGUUAAAUAGGAUUCAGUGGCUGAUGAGAGUCUAAUGAAAUAAAUGUUUUUUCAUCUGUGCAAGAAGUUCCAUAUAAGAGACACAGCCAGAAUACAGCAAAUACAGAGGCGAAUGCCAGCAGCAAACCACUGAACUGAGAAUAGGACCCCAGUUGAAGGAAUCAGAGAAAGAACUGGAGGAGCUUGAAGGGGCUCGAGACUCCAUAUGUACAACAAUGCCAAGCAACCAGAGCUUCCAGGGACUAAGCCACUACCUAAAGACUAUACAUGGACUGACCCUGGACUCUGACCUCAUAGGUAGCAAUGUAUAUCCUAGUAAGAGCACCAGUGGAAGGGGAAGCCCUGGGUCCUGCUAAGACUGAACCCCCAGUGAACUAGACUGGUGGGGGGAGGGCGGCAAUGGGGGGAGGGUUGGGAGGGGAACACCCAUAAGGAAGGGGAGGGGGGAGGGGGAUGUUUGCCCGGAUACCGGGAAAGGGAAUAACACUUGAAAUGUAUAUAAGAAAUACUCAAGUUAAUAAAAAAAAAUAUAGAAAUAAACAAAAAAAAAGAAGUUCCAUAUGAGUUUAUCUGCAAUAUACAAAAAGCCAAGCCAUGCAAGAGUGGGAGGAAAGGAUAAAGUCUAGGUGGCUCUGGGGUCUAGUUGCUGAUUGACUUAGAAGAGCUGUGGCAUCUCAGGGAGAGCAAGGAUGUAUAGGACACCCACUGGAACUGGAAACUAUGCCAUGUGCUCUGGAAGAUGAGGAAAUGCCACAUAUAAAGGUUCACACAGGUUGAAUAUAGUGCUAUAAGGAAAUAUCUUCCUGGUAUUUGUCUUACCUGGGGUCCCGCAGCUAAUGGGAAUGACUUGCGAAUUGGCGUGCAGUGCUGCCUGAAAAAAAGACAGGAGCCUCCCCAUAUUUGGAGAAGUCUAUUUCUUUUCAUUUCUAUGCCCUCCAUUCUUUCACUCUUGUUUGUUUGUUUUAAAUUUGCCUUUGUUUUCUAAAGGAGAAAGAGAAAGAAGGCAUGGAGUUGGAAGGGUGUAGAAGUGUGGAGGAACCAAGAGUAUAUGGUGAAGGGAAUCAUGAACAGAGUAUGUUAUAUGAAAAAAAUUAUUUUCAAUAAGAAAGAAUUAAGGUGAAUCUUUGAUUAAACAUAUAUAUCAGUAAAAUGUUCAGGAUGUGAACUAAGAUAUAUUACUUAAGACUAUAGCCAGGGGCCAAUGCGCUGAGCUUGAGUGCAUCUGAAUUUCUAACAGGGCCAAGUUGCGGGAUCUUUCUGAAGAUACUGGGUCACAUCUUAUGGUAAGAAAUAGCGUCACACCAUCAAAACAUUUCAAUGGUUUUUUUUUCUACUAAUAUGAAAAAAAAAACUGACACAAAUUUCAAGACAUACUGCUACACUUAUUUUUUCAUUGUAAUGUAAAGCUUUUCACUGUAAAUGGCAGAAAUACAUUUCCCUGAACACAAUCAGGGCUGACUUUCCUGUACGUUAAUUAAAGCCCAGUGGGAAACAUGCACAGGCCAUGAGUGCAUACCUUUCAUUUGGUCAAGUUUUUUUCACAACAAAAAGCUGUGUGUCAAAUAAGUGUAUUACAGUAAGUUGUUGCUAGCUAUCGAGAUAUUUGGGUUUCAGACACAAUGACAAGAAUCUGUUUUGUAAGUGUAAAAUAUUCAUGUCCCUGAAAUAAUUUGAGUUUCAGUUUUCACUCUAUUUAGAUAUGCUUAAUAUAUUGAAGGGAGUCAAGCUUGAGGAAUCAAAACAUCUUUUCUAUUGAGAAAGUACUGUUUUAUUUAGCAACACUGAACCUAUCAAUGAAGUGUAAAUGACGCAGUGACUUUAACUCUGUAUUUAGAAAACCGAUUACAAAACCAUGAGACUAUGUGAGUUUCAACUCACCUCGUGAGUAUUUAUCAAGCUCUCACCAUAUGCUGGAGAUUUUUUAACCUAUAUUUCUCUGAGGCAAAUCAAAUCAGAUUAUAAUUGCAAAUAAGGUUUACAAUAAGAAGGCGUAGUACAAGACCAGGAAUUUAGUGACUGUGAUCACAAAAAAUGAAUUGGAUCUAGUUACAGAACCUCACUCUGGCUCGGAAAAGUUGAUGUGGUUUUUUUCGGCCAUCCCUCAGAAGACCGUGUUUGUGAGCCCUAAGCUAGAAGCACUUUGAAAUAAAGAUUAGUUACAGUUUGGGCACUCCAUUUCAUGGCCUUAUUCCUUGGCAGAUAAAGGUGGUUUUUACAAUUUCUGACUAAUCUCUGGCAUUGCUGUUCUUCUAGAUGGAAGAGUCUAAGGAUCUGUGUCCAAUAAAGAGUUAUCACAGCAGUUAGGGACCCUAGCGGGAAUGUGGAUUUCUUAGUGUGACAAGCACCCUCUUUUACAGAUGUGCAUGAAGGCUGAUUUGAAAUUAAGGCUAAUUUCAUCAAGUGGCAUUUAAAGGGCAGAGGCAGUGAGCGCCUGUGGUUGAGACCUGACACCUCUUCUCCCAUUCAGCUUCUCAUUAGAAGUGACUCGUUUAGCGAUCCAGUGCACUCUAAUAACCACAAUGCAUAAUUUUCCCAUAUCUCAUUUUAAAGCUUAGAUGACAUUGGCAGUCUUAUUGUUCCCAUGCUUUCUUACAUGGAUAAAAUGUAAUAAUUUUUUGUUACUGUAUAUCAGAAAGUCCAUGGGCCUAAAGGGGAGUCUGACAGGAACUGGUUUGACUUUUGAAGACCCACCUUUUACUUUUACUUCAUGUCCUCUUCUCCUAGACAUUUAGGCUUUGGAGCCUCCCUUUCUCCAGUAAUUAAAAAGAUAACAAAUAAACCUGAAGGUUAAGGGGCUUAUGUUUAGAAUAGAAAUGCACUUUGUCUGUCAGUUCUUUUCCUCUUCCAGGUUGGACACCCAGUCUAGGUAAUUUAUCCACUAAUUUGUUCAUUCAUCUAAUUUUGUAUUGAGCACACACAUUAUUCUAAAUAUUGUAUUAGACACUGGGAUGCAGCAGUGAGAUAAAAAAAAACCUCACCUUAUGGAGUUCAUAUUCUUAUCUACGAGAUAUGAUUAUAGUCUGGUUAAGACUUUGCCUCUAAAGUUAUAAAUAUGUAUAAUUAUAAAAUUAUCUUCUGUAAGCUAAAAAAAAUCUUAUCUCUAAAUUUAUCUUUCUUUUAUGUCUUUAUUUCCUUCCUUUAACACUUUCUGUUUUAUAUUCUAAUUAUAAUACUUUUUUAUAUGUCAAACACUAUAUUCAGCCUAGAAGAGAGUUAGAGUAGGGAAAGGAAGGUUCACAAAAAAAAAAAAGAAUUUUUAUCCACAAGAUUUUGAAUGUCUAAGUGAGGAACAAAAAUUAAAUUAUGAACAUGUAUUUAUUGUGCCAAAUGAUAAAUGAAUACAUAAUUAUGAAUAUAUAAUUAUGUUAAAUGAAGCAAAAUAUGUGCUUAGGAGUAUAUAAUCAUGUGUUUAAUGAUAAAUGGUAAUAUAACCAAUAAGAUUUCAGAGAAAAGAAAAUAAGUCAAUAGCAAUUGUCAAAGAAAACUCCCAAAACUAAGUGAGAGUGAGCUCGCUCAUUUUAAAGGAUGGAUAUGACAUAGACACAUGGAAAGAGUCACCUUAGGCUGAAUUUGAUUUUCCUAGCUCAUUAUGUUCAUAUCUCUAAUCAGUAUUAUUACAGUAGUUUUUCCAGAUUUCAGAGUCAUAAAAUACCUUCCAAAAUCAACACGCCAUGACCUAGAAACAAAAAGUUUCCAUUGGCUCCACCAAUAAAUUCAUGGUUCCUGCAUACCACUUCAUAUUUUUCACCUAAUACAGCCAUAAGUGAGAUGCUGUUACCACAAUUUGGUUCAUUGACAGGCAGGAUGCACAGUCUUCUGGGAUCUCCUGCAGACAGAAGGUUGGGUCUUCCUAAGACAAUUCGUUAAGCCCCAGGGACUUUGGUACUGAGCUGGAAAGCGGAUGUAUUCUCAUUUCUUGUUUGUUCCAAAUCCCUCAGUAUCUUCCCCGGUGGCAUGCACUGCCUGCUGCCAUCUACUUCUUCCUUCCUUAUGGUUAUAACUUGAGCUAGCUCAGCUUUGCUGUGUAUCCUGAGAGUGGAUGCAGAACCUCCUCACCACCACACACAUCUUGAGGGGCCAUCUUACUUUCUGGGUGUGUGCACACAGUAGAACUCAUUAGCUCCAGAAGUGUUGGACAUAGGCUUUGCUCCCCUUCAAAGAUCACUCUUAAAUAUUCAGGAGCCUAAGUGCUCAUUUCUCAGUGUUGGUAGUUGCUACGUAGUAUGGUCAGCUCUUUACCAUGCCAGUGAACCAAUGUGUCCAUUCCUGUGCCCGUGUGCAUGUUGAAAGACCAUCUGCUUGACUGUGAAUCUGGGCAUGCAACAAUGGGUAUUUUAUCCAAGUAUGUGCUUUUCAGUUGAUCUUCAUCAUAAUUGAAUUCAUCAUCAGAUAAUUGAAUUUCUGCCCAGACUUCAGGCAUGUCACUUCCCUUUUUUCAUUAGUUUGUGACACCAGGGACAGAUUUUUGUCUGUUUUCAUGCAGUCAUGAUAUUUUAAUAAGAGUCCUGAGACAUGUUGUCUUCAAGUUUCCUUUUUUGUUUUGUUUUGUUUUGUUUUUUUGAAGCCAUGACCUACUUACAUGGUUUGAAAGGCCUCCUGCAAAAAUGAAAAUACAAAUCCCCUUGUCAGCAAUGAGGGGGCAGUGCCACAGCACUACACCAUCACCCUUUACACCCUGAGGGGUUCCCUCAAUCUCUUGAGGACCUAGACUCAGGCCAGGUCUGGACUACUGAAUUCAACACGGAAAUGAAUUUCAGGCAUAGCCAGCUUGAAGUGGAGUUGGAAAUACUGUUAAAGAUAUUUUAAUACAGGUUUUAAACAUAGAGGUUAGGAGAAAGACUGGUAGUUAGGAGGUGGAAGUAAGAUCUUCCCAAAUGUGGAUGUGUCUUCCCAUGGGUCAGUAAAGAAAAUAAUAUAUAACAAAGUCUGCUUACAGACUGCUUGGAGAGCAAUCACAAUUAAAUUUCUUAGUGCAAGCUAUAGGUGACAUUUUGGUGGCUUUCAAGAAACUCCUCCAAAGGCUGCCAACACAGUUUCCUCCCAACUCUUCUAUCUUUGAGAAGUGAGACUGUAGGGUGUCUGUCUAAGAGGUGACGUGCAUGCUGCAUGAUCUGACGUGGUAAAAUCAGAAGCAGCAGGUUGAAGCAGGAGAUGGGUGCCUGACAUUUCUGUAUCCAUGGUUUUUUUUUAUUUCUAGAAAACUGAAGUUUUAUGUCUAGAAAAUUUAAAAAGGUCUUUAAUUGUGAUAGACUUCUUGCUUUUCUGCUGGUAAGAGAAUUUUACUAGGCACCACAGAGAGGGGCUCUUCUCCCUCCCCUCAUCUCUCAGAUUUACCUGUCUUUAUAUCCUGUCUCAACCAUGACCAAAGUCUCCUAAGAUAGGGUCACAUAAAGCCCAGGGCUGGACAUUGGAUACGUCCUCUCAAGUAGCUGGUCCAAGGAGUACUGGACACUCCCAAAGUAAGACAGGCUCUUGUCAUUGUUCUUGAUUUCCUACCAGAACUUUGUGAAAUAACCUGUUGCUGAUGACACCACACACACACACACACACACACACACACACACACACAUACACACACACACACACUGAUCAUAGGGCAUUGAGAAAUUAAAGUCAGUACUGCCCAGAAUGCUUCCUUCCUGCCUAUUUACUUGUGUAGUGCUGGAAUAUGUUUUGCGGGCUGCUGGGAGACAUAGGGCAUCAAUAGUCUUAGCCUACUGUGAGAACUGUGAACUACAAUAAUAACUGGGGUAGCUAGACAUGCCUGUGGGUGCUGUGGUACAAAUGUUAUGGGGGGAUAGUCAACUGCUUUUUGAUUAUACUUGAGAUGCAUACCACAGGAGGAACCACAGAUGUGGUACAUCUGUCCAAGAGCACCAGGGUGGGGAGCCUAGGACCCAGGUGUAAAGCUUCCACUUUGUUAAAUUGACAUAGCAUCACAUUAUCCUCUAAAUACGUAUCUCUUUACCUACAGAUUAGUAAAGUCCUUAGACCACAUCAGAGAAAUCUUUUUGUGUAGUGGACAGUGACUAAUAUACAAAUUCACAACUGGUCAAAGUACAGAGAUUAUCAGUGGAGCACUCAACCACAAGUGGGACACCUAUGUCACGUGCCUCCCCGGUGUUCAAAGACCAUCAGGGAAGAGGGAGUUGAUAGAGAUCGUGGAGGACCAGUGCAAAACAGUGUCUUCUGCACAUGAUGGGGAGCGGAUUCCUGAGUCCACAAUAGCUGUGGUUACUUUACAAGCCCUGCACAAGAUCUAGUCAGUACAUGGUCUAAUAUAUGGCUCAAGAAUGUCCACCCUUAGCUAAUAAGCUAUGGGCAUUUGAAGUCUCCUGGGAAAGGAGAGCCGAUUUUCCAUAAGAGUGUGGCUGUGAUAGGUGUCCGUGCUCCAGUGGGUAGCCCCACACCUGGGGGGUAUGUGAAACACAUACAUUGAAGUUGAUGGGAUAUUUGAAGAAAUAGAAAAUACAAAAAGUUCUGAAGAGCAGAAAAAUAGGGUGAAUUUUGGAAUAAUUAAGGGGAGGGUGGGGAGUUGAAUAUGAUCAAAAAUGUGAAAUCCUCAAAGAAUUAAUACAAUGUUAAAUAAAACAAAAACAGAGUGAAACAAACAAUGGGUUUUCUAAAUGUACCUUUGUGGCAAGCAGGAAUCUACCAUGGGGGUUGGCGAUUUAGCUCAGUGGUAGAGCGCUUGCCUAGCAAGCACAAGGCCCUGGGUUCGGUCCUCAGCUCCGGAAAAAAAAAAGGAAUCUAUCAUGGACUCAUCUUCAGCUUCAGGGUUGAUGUCUCUGCUGCCUCCAGAUAUAUUUCUCUGUCUCCUACCACAUCUCUGUCCCUCUGUUAUUCUUUUACCUUAAGCUUUGGAAAUAAGGGUGGAUCCAAGAUUAAAGUUCCUAUUCUCUAAUAUCCCCCCUUUCGCCUACAUAAUUCAUUAUAGAGUCACAACUAAUUUAAUAAAUCAACCAAUUCUUCCAACAAUGUUUUGAAUUUUAAUAUCGCAAUCCGUCAUGGUUUUCAGAAGCGUGACACACAAAUUUAAAAUGGCAAAUGGAAAUUUACAGUAACAGCUAACAUGCCUAAAAAUGGAAUCCUUUCAUAUUUCUGACUGAUGUUUUCAUGUAAAUUCUCCAUCUUUUGGACCAUUUGACCAAUUUGAUUUCACAACUAUAAAUAACCCCUGAUUUUUGCAUGCUGACAUUAAUAUUUUCUAGAUAUUUUUAUUACGUUUGUCAUAUUGUCUUAAUAAUAAAAUAUUUAGCAAAUACUUAAAAAGAAAAAUUUACUCUAAGUAAACCUAACACCUGUACAUGGGGUAUGUUCUUCUAGCUGGGCUGCCUUUUCUAGCCUCAGUGGGAAAAGAAGUGCUUCACCUCACAGAGACUUGAUGUGCCAGGGUGAAGGGAUACCCAGGGGGCAAUCCCACCAACUCAGGAGAGAACAGGAGGGGUUGGGAGGAGGGAUUUUGGGAGCAGGUAAUUUGGAGGGGGCAGUGAGUGAGAUGUACAGUAUUUAAUAAAUUCUGUAAUAAAGUUAUUUAAAAUAAAUGAAAUAGUAAUAAUCACUUUAGAGAUUUAUUCACUUUAUGCUAUCUGUGAAUCGUGGGUGAUAAAAGUGAUUUUUUUUCAUUUUCAGUAAUAAAAUUUAGAAAAUAUUCCUGUUAAAUGAUCCUGAACAAAAACAGUCUCCAAUAACUAUAAUCCAUUGUGACCUGCAAAGGUCUAUAUUUGGAAUUUCAGUAGUUAUUUCUUUUUGUUAUUUUUAUUUAUUAAAAUCUUUUCCCCACAGGACAUAACUUGCUCACAGUUUCUUCUCCCUAUACUCUGCUCAGUCCCUUCCUCCCUUCCUUCUGCCCCCUCCAGAUCCACUCCUUUUCUCUGUUUCAUUAGAAAAGAACAGGCUUCUCAGAGAUAAUAGCCCAACAUGGCAAAGUAAAAUAUAAUAAGAUUAAAAACAAAACCAUCACAUUGAGGCUGCACAGGCAACCCAAUUGAAGGAAAAGAGCCCUCAAGAGUAGGGACAAGAAUCAGGAUCCAUUUGUUUAUACGGUCAGAAGUUCCAUAAAAACACUACAUGGAAAGCUAUAGCAUAUUCCCAGAAGACCUGGACAGACCCGUGUAGGCCUGAGCUUGUUGCUUUAGUCUCUGAACUUUUGCGAGCCUUGAACGAUUCAUGCAGAGGGCCUUGUUCUCCUGGUGUCCUUCAUCCCUUUAGUUCUUAUGCUCUUUCUGCCUCCUCCUCCAUAGUAUUUAUCUCCCGAGCUCUGUGGGGAGGGAUUUGAUUUAGACAUUCCAUUCAGAGCUGUGUGUUCCAAGGUCUCUCUUUCUCUCUCUGCAUAAUGUCUCUCUGUGGGUCACUGUAUUUGUAUCUGUUGCAGGAGGAAGCUUUUCUAUGAUGGGUAAAUAAGACAUGAUCAGAAGUAUAGCAGUAUUCAGAGUCAUUUCAUUGUUAUUUUUUCUUUUUUUUUCUUUUUUCUUUUUUUUUUUUUUGGUUCUUUUUUUCGGAGCUGGGGACCGAACCCAGGGCCUUGCGCUUCCUAGGUAAGCGCUCUACCACUGAGCUAAAUCCCCAGCCCCUAUUUUUUCUUUUUUAAAGACAACUAUUACUUGGUUUUACCCUAGGUCUCUGGGAUAUCUAGUCUCUAGUUCUUGGUCAUCCAAAUAGGUAUGGCUUCCAUCUUGAGGUGUAGGACUUAAAGCAAAUCAGACGAUGGUUGUCUAUUCCCACAAGUUCUGUGUCACCAUUUACCUAGAGUAUCUUGUAGGAAGGAUACUUUGUAGGUGAAAGGUUUUGUGGGUAGUAUGAUUUUUACGUUGUCCAUUGCAUAUCCUGCAGAAGACCAUCCCUCACCGAAGACACUAGAACGGAGGGUGAAAGCUCCAUGCAGGCUCCAGCUCGAUUUCUCCAUGUUCAAUGAAUUCUGUUGAGUGUUGUCUUCAGGAAUGGGGUUCUGCCUUACAUUUGCACAGAGUAAUCCAUUGUCUUAGCAACUUCCUGGUUUGUGUUGGAAUAUCCAUGGCCAAAAUCUCAAUUGUGUGCAACCCAGUCCUAUUAACUGGGAGAUUCCUUUAAUGACAAGAAAUGGUCAGGCAGGACUCUCAACUCCAUUCUUAGGAGACCUUACUAGGGUUGUCUUCAUAUAUUUGUAGGAUUUUGCAUAGCACUGUUUCACACAAUUCCUCAAAUGCAUCUCAAUUCUAGCUGUCUCUUCUGCAUUCCCUUCCACAGUCCUAUGUCCCCUCACUGUCCCCACCUGAUCCUCCUAUUGGCAUACCACCCUGCCACCCAUCCACCAUGAAAUUCAUUAUAUUUCUCCUCCCAGAGAGAUCCAUGUGUCUCCUUUAGUCCUUUCAUCUAAUUCUAACAUCUUUGGGUCUACUGAUUGUAACUUAGUUAUCACUUACUUAUUGGCUAAUACCUAUGCAUAAGUGAAUGCAUUCUACAUUUAUCUCUCUUAGUUCUCGCUAAGGAUGGUUUUUUUUCUAAUCCCAUCCAUUUGCCUACAAAUUUCACUAUGUCAUAAUUUUAAAAGCUGAAUAAUACUCAUUUGAGUAAAUGUAUCACUUUUUUUUUACCCAUUCCUUUGUUGAGGGACAUCAAGGUUGUUUCCCAUUUCUGGCUAUUGUGAAUAAAACAGCAAUGAACACAGUUUUGAUCAAGUGUCCUUGUGGUAAGAUAAAACCUCUAAUGGGUAUAUGUCCAAGGGUGGUAUAGCUGGAUCUUGAAGUAAAUUAAUUCCCAACUUUCUGAGGAACUUUCACAUGCGAUAUUGAUUUCCAUAGUGACUAUACAAGUUUGCACUCCCACCAGCAAUGAAGGAAUGUGGCCCUUUUUCUACAUCCUCACUAGAAUGAGCUGUCACUUGUACUAUUGAUCUUAGUCAUUCUGACAGACGUAAGAUGAAAUCUCAAAGUAGUUGAGACUUGUGUUUCCCUUAUGACUAAGCUACACAUUUUAAACUUUUCUUUAAGUGUUUCUCAGCCAUCUGAGCUUCUGCUAUUGAGAAUUCUCUGUCAAGAUCUGUACCCCGUUUUAAAUUGGGUUAUUUGUGGGGGUUUGUUUUUGUUUUGUUUUAAAUGUAAUUUCUUACAUUCUUUACACAUUCUUGAUAUUAGUGUUCUAUCAGACGUGGAGUACUAAUUUUUUUUCAUAUUCUGUAAACUUCUGCUUUGUCCAAAUGAUGGUGAUCUUUGUCUUACACAAACUUUUCAGUUUCAUGAAUACCAUUUUUUUUAUCUUAGCGCCCACACUAUCAGUGUUAUGAUUAGGAAGUCUUCUUAUGUGUCAAUGAGUUCAAGGCUGCUCCAUGUUUUUUCUUCUAUCGGGUUCAGUGUCUCUGGUUUUAUGUUAAGGACAAGUUUUCUGCAGAGUGGUAAUUUUGGAUCUAUUUCACUUCUUCUAUAUGUUCACAAGCAUUUUGAUCACUACCAUUUGUUGAAGGAGCUGUCUUUAGUUCAGUGUGUAUUUAUGACUUCUUUAGCAAAACUAGGUGUCCAUAGAGGUGUGGAUUUAUCUGAGUUUUCAAUUCUAUUGAUCAGUGUUUCUAUUUUUAAACCAUGUAAUUUUAAUUCCUGCAGUUUUGUGUUAUAACUUAGCAGGAAUGGUGGGACCUCCAGUGAUUCUUCUUUUGUUCAGGAUUAUUUUAGCUGUCCUUGGAUUUUUUUCUCAUUUGAAUUUAAGAAUUGUCCUUUCAAGGUCUGUAAGAAUUGUGUUGGAAUUUUGAUAGAGAUUGCAUUGAAUGUGUAGACUGCCUUUGUUAGAAUAGCCAGUUUAAGUUUUCCUGCCAAUUUAUGAGUGUGGGAGACCGUCUACCUUCUAAUAUCUUCUCCAAAUUCUUUGUUCAAAGACUUGAAUUUCUUGUCAUACAGGUCAUUGAGCUUGCUUCAUUUUGGUUCAAGUUAGACCAAAAUAUCUUAUAUUAUUUGUGGCUAUUAUGAAUAGUUUUAUUUCCCUGACUAUGGAAAGUUGGAAAAGAUCAUUGUGGAUUUUGAGGUGAUAAUGUCAGAAAGGAAAGGGAGACUGCAGAUGGUUUUCUGUUACAGAGCUCUCAUGUAGGGACUGGAUCUGGGGGUGGGGGAGGUGUGGGUCUUCAGCUCUUCAGCCUACUUGUUGACCUCUCUGGGGUGGCUCUUGAGUUAGCAGGGGUAUCUGCUAGAGUUGGGGACGAGAACAAAGCAAUAUGUCAGGGGAGGGAAAGAGGUUAGAAGGGGAAGGUCUGUGAUCCACAGAAGACAGGAGCAUGAGGGCAGAGAAAGCUAGCACAGAUCUUCUGCUGCAGAGCUGUAAAUAGGAUGCUGGAGGAUUAGAUCUGAGGGAACAGAGAGAGAGAAGACAGGCUGUGGAGGCAGUCUUCUUAGACUCUAGUGAGUAUGGGCUAUGGCUUAGUAGGGAUUAUCUUAUCUGCUGGAGGCUGGGUCAGAGCAAUGAGUAGGGAUGGAAGGGAGGGUCAAAUGGAGAAGAUCCAUUGAGUCCAUAGAAGAUGAAAGUGUGGGGACAGGGAAGACUGUAAGUCUUCUCGUGCAGAGCUGGGGAUGAGAAUGUGGGACUGGAUUUGGAGGAGAAAGUAAUGAAGGUCUUUGGUGGACCUAUCUGUUUUCCUGGACCUUCUCAGCUGGUGUUUUUUCCAUGAAUGUCUACUGAUGUUGGGGGUUCACGUGAGUUGUGAGAUGGAAGGUUGGAGAACAAGAUCUCUGAGUUUAGUUGGAAACUGCAUUAAAGAGGAAAGGGAGAGCACAGUAGGUUUUCUGCUACAGAGCUGGGGAUGACCUAGGAGGAUCGGAUGUGAUGGCGAUAGGAGAGCUAAAGAACUCGUGAAAAUGCCUUGAGGAUUUUAAACAUUAGCCUUAUUUGAGCAUUUCAACAAGCAAAACGGUUUUGCCGGUGUUGAAAUAUGCCAUGGCUACUGAUACAAGCAGUGUUUAUAGGCGUCACAAGAGAAAGGUUUGUUUUGUAUUUCCCUGGGAGGAAUUUUUCCACUCUGCUCUUGAGGUAUCUGGAAGUUCAUUCCUAGCCAAAAACAUCCAUCUCAAUUAUUUGAAUUGGCUCCCUGCAGAUAGUCCUUAAUAUUGAAUAUCAUUCACUUACGAAAUACUUGCCACAGACAUCUGCCAGUGCUCAACCUGGCAGCAAAGCUGUGUGAAGACCAGUUCAAGUUGUCUCCAGACAUUCAGAAAGGUUGUACUUAUCCAGGCCUCACAGCCAACUGACAUGUCACUGGGAAAUCAGAUCAGCUGUUACAUUAAGCAGGAAUAUUAAAGGACCAUGUUCACCAGGUUUUUCUUUCAAUUACUCAUUAAGUUCUAUGAUUUAUUGGUCCUCCAUUUCUUAUGGUGAUGUUGUUGAUCCCUGAUGCUAUUCUUUGUGCAAACACAAAAUAACAAGGAAGUUCUUAGGACUCUUGGGAUCUACCACUUUUACAUAGUAGCAGGAUCAUUGAAGGUGGUUAUAUUUUUAAGUUAUGAAAGAAGGCUCUCUGAGUUGAAUUCUGUGUAUGAAUGGAUAAACAUUAGUAUUGAGGUCACCCAUGCAAGAUAUGUGAAGCCUCUACCUGAUAGGUCUGUGUAUGAGUGAGUCCCUCUGAUCUGGAUGGGAGUGCUGGUUUCUACUAACUGAGCCAUUUCUCAAAACUGAGUCUGUGCCGUAUCUCUUCAUAAUUGGCACCUUUUGACUCUCAGCUUUUACCCAGUACUCUAAUGAAGAACUACUUGAACUACUUGAACUACUCAGAAAGAGCAAUGGUUUUCCACUGUGUCUCAUCCUACUAUGUAACAGAGCUGAUAGUUCCUAUGGGACUACACUUGGGUCGCAUUUUAGGAAGCAUUAUUAAUGAGUAAUAAACCAGAAAUUGCUUUAUAUGGACUAGCUGAAUUACUAUUUCCUCAUCUGUGUACCAGAACCACACCCAUGUUUGUUGCGAUAAUACUUAUUUGUUUCCUUUUCUCCAUUUUAGAUAACAAAUAUUUAAAAUUUGUUUUGUGUGACAAUAGGUUUUAUCAUGACAUUUUUAUACAUGUGUGUAGGACUUUGCUCCCAUUCACACUCCUUCCCCCAUACCUGCCUUUGUUGCUCUUUGCAGAUAAAGUUGGGUUUGAAGGACAGGUCUCAUUAUGAAUGAAGCCCAUUAUGAUAUCAAAUCUGUGAACCUCUCAGUACUAGGAUUAUGUGUUUGAGGUAAUUAUUUUAAACCACAUGUCACCCAAGACUAUCUGUGAACAAUCAUGAUUGUAAAGCUAUUUAUUUCAUAGUCUUCUAAAUACAUGCUUAUUUUACAAAUUUAAGCAAGAUAUCUCAUAUUUACUUCUGUAUGACCAGCAUCUGAAAUAAAAUCAUUCAUCUGGAUAACACUGAAUAAAUACCUAACAAACAUUGUAUAAUAUGAAAGUCAAUUUUCUAUUGCUGGCUGAUGGCUUGGUUUCAAAAGAAUUACUCAGAAUUUAGUUGUAUGCAUUUAAAACUAUGUUUAUAAUGAUACAGACGAGGUCACAGCAAUAAAAUAUGAUCUCAGGAACCAAGAGCUAGAGUUUUAGUUUGCUAAAUUUUUGCCUUUCAAGUUCUUUGAAUAUAACUAAACAUUCACGGGUCUCAGUGAUUGGUUAAGUGUCUGCAAGAUUCAGUCUAAUCCUAAGAAGCUAAGCUAUGAAGUAACUUCUUUGUCUUUUGGGUAACAAAAUAAUGUUUAUUGUUCAGAAAGGUUUUGGAAUGAAAUAAAGUUUCCAAUUUUCCUUUAACUUCUCAUAUACACUCUAGCCCUAGAUAAUUGGUGCCAACACAGAGUCAUAUAGUAUGAAUACAUUCUAGCAUUCUAUAGCCCAAUAGGGUGGCCAAAGGAUACAGUAAUUUAUACUUUAAAAGAACUAGAAGAGUUCAAGACAAAGAAAUGACCAAUGUUUAACGGCACUAUAAAAUAUUUGAUGAAAAUAUAUGAAUAUUCAUAAUUCCACAAUUGACUUUUGGCAUGUAUAUGUGGAUCUUGGAGAAAUUCUUCUACAGGAUUAAUUCUCUGAUGUACUGUAAGCAGACUUUUGUUGAUCCAGAAAUAUGUAAAGUGGAUGAUGUAUGUCUAAGCCAAUCAGCUGACUUGUAUAUUCACAACAACACAUGCAAUCCAGGGAGAUGCCAUGGACGGGAAAGAUGAAGGAGGAGAGGGUUAAAUUUUAAAAAGAUGAAUGGAACAUGGAAAUAAUGAAGAACUAUCUGUAAAAUCUAAGUCUUAUAUAGGAAGGCAAAUAUACACACUGAUGCCCAUGUGUUGGAAGCCAGAGCUGAUCUCUUACAGGCACAGAGGGGAAGAGUAGUCACAAAAAGCUAAGGAGAGCAAGGAGCAAAGAUUGGAGGAGACAGAAUAAGUAGCACCAACAUAUAAUCUCAUGGAAUGAAUAUAUUCUAGUAUUCACAGCAUAGCACAUGGCCAAAGUAUGCAGUUGUUUUUUUAAAUGAACUAGAAAAGAGGAGUUUGAUGGUUUUCAAGCCAAAGAAAUGAUAAAUGUUUUCGAUAGAAAUGAUAAUUACACUAAUUUGAUCAUCUUAUAUUGUAUACAUGUAUUUGGUUUACAUGUAUACACACACACACACACACACACACACGCAUGCACGCACGCAUGCACACAUAUGGAGACAGAUGAAGCCUGAGUGUGCUAGCUUUCUUCUGUAAUCUUAGCACUUUGGAAGUUGAGGCAGGAAAAUUGUGAGUUUCAGGUCAAUCUUGAGCUACAUAGCAAACACUGUCUCAAAACAUAAUUGAACAAUAUAAAUCUUCUAUUUUACAACACACAAGGAAGUUGUACAUGCAUAUGAAAAUGUGCUCUACCAGACUCUCAAGCAUAUUUUUAAAGUAUUCUAUUCAAGGCAGAAUGAUAUGAAUCCAGUUGGAGACACCCAAAGGAACACAAUAUUUGUAUAGAUAUAAGUGUAUCUGUCUACACCCACAUGAAAGUUUAGUUUAUGUUAAAUAAAGCUAUAUAAAUCAGCAGAAAAAAAAGACUUACUGUUGAAUACAUGUUUUGAAAAUUGAUUAUAAGCAUAUGAUAAAGUGAAAUUCUGAUUUUAUUCACUACCCACAGCAAUUUCUAGAUAUAUAGGCAAUCAAACUUGUCUUCACAAUUUUAAGAAAACACAGGCAAGUUCAUAUAUCAUCAGGAGAAAAAAAGAUUUAGUUUCUAAGAGAGGACAAAAUAUCAAGGCAAAAAAAAAUUGCUAAAUUUGACCAUGUGAAGUGGAACUAUUUACUUUAACCUGAAACCAGUAAGAUGAAACACAAAAUCCCGGCUAACUGAAUAUAGUCAGUGUGUUUAAACUCACAGCUAUUAUUACACACUUAUAUACAUACAUAAUACCUAAAUAUGUAAACAUAAACAGAUAUAAACAGAAAAUAUUAUAGAAGCUUGUUUGCCAAUGCUAAGAAGUAUCUAAAGUGAAUUUACUGUAACUAUUAAUCAGAGAAAUGAAAAACAGAAUAAUGUGAUUCCAUGAGAUACCCACUAUGCAGGUGGGAAUUAUGAUUAUGAAGUCUGUACGAUUAGAAACCUGUAACACAACCAGAAUGAACUACAUGAAGCCAGUUAGAAGGGGUUAGAGUUACGAUAUAUCAAAAUGAAUAAAUAUCAGGCAUUUGUUGUUGGGAAAUGUCAGAGAAUUAUGUAAAAUGUAUUUAUAGUUUGCAUUGUACUUGAAAAGUUUCAAAAGAGUAUAUGGCUGUACUUUAUACUAUGAACCUGUGAAUUAAAAAUAAUGAAACCAUAAAAAGAUAAAAACAGGAAAAUGCCUCAUUUUUGGUUUGGGUAAGAAAUUUAGAAAUGGAUUCUGGGAUAUACAAGAUUCUUUAGGUUUAUAAUCAUUUAUUUAUAUAAAUAUUCAUAACUGAAUGCAGAACGUUAUUAGUAUUUAGCAAAAAUAGUAAAUUUUCUCUGUCUUUAGCCACUGUAGUUCUCUUUGACGUUAAACACAGUUAACAGUUGGCUGGCAGGAUGGUUCAGGUAGGAAAGGUGAUAAUCUCUGGAGCCCACUUUGUGGAAAGAGACGACUGACUCCCAGAAGUAGUCCCCCAACUUCUACAUCAGGCCGUGUCAGUGCAUGCUCACACUCAAACCUUAAACGUAAAAAUAAAAAAGAAUUCACCAUCCAAAUGGUGAAUUUUCUUAAGAGAAAAGCUUAUUGUGUUUCUUUCAGAUAUUAAUGUAGCAUGGAUGUUUUAAAAUAUAUUUGUAUUUCUAAAUAUAUUCAUAUAAAUAUAUAAAUACAGGCAUUGCAGAUAAUAUUAAACUGAGAGAUGUCAUAGCUAUAUUCAUUUGUGAGAAUAUACCUCACAUAUAGAAUGACAUUCUAACUUAAGGCAUAAUAUAUAAAUUAAUUUUCAUUAAUUGAGUCAUAUUCAAAUCAUUUCAUAUGAUUGAAAGACAUUUAUUGUAAACUUCAGUGACUUACUACAAGAGAUUCCUGAAACGAAAUAGCAAGACUGUGCCAACAGAGAAGUUCUUUGAGUAGAAUAAAUCCUCAAAUAUUUUUUGAAGUUUUACUUUCAAUCCUUAGCUGCUAUGAAUCUCUUACGUUUUGCCUUCUGUGGUGCAGAGUAAGAAAAGGCACUUAAACUUUCCGAUUCUUUCCCACAUCCCUACAAAAUCCAUACCCUUACCACUGCCAUGGAACACUGCUCCGACCCAGGCAAGGUCUCUCACCCUUUAAUGUGAUUAUCCUAUUCUGAAAUAGGUCCUUGAGCCUGGACUUUCAAAGUUACACAGUUGAAUUUCUGCCUGAACACUUGUGCUCAUGACUGUUUGUGCUGACUGGUUUUUUUGUCAACUUGACCCAAGCUAGAGUCAUUCUGGAAGAUAGAAAAUACUCCCACCAGUUGACCUGUGGGAAAGCCUGUGGUUCAUUUUCCUGAUUGAUGAUUGAUAUAUGAAGCUGAAACAAUUGUGGGUAGUGCCCCCAUCGGCCUGGUGGUCCUGGGUGUUAUAAGAAACAAGCUAUGCAAAUCAUGGGGGACAAAUUAGUAAGUAGCAUGCCCCCGUGCUCUCUGCAACAGUUUCUGUCCCGAGUCCCUGCCCUGACUUCCCUGAAUGAUGAUGGACUAGGAGAUAGAAAAAUGAAGUAAACAUUUUCCUCCACAAGUUUCCUUUUGAGUAUGGUGUUUUAUAACAACAAUAGAAACCCUAGGAUGGCAGCCAAGAAAAUAGUUCUUAAAGUGAGGUUCCGUUAGUUGAUGUGUUUAAUUUCACCUUAUUGGACUUGUUCUAGGUGAGGCAACUUUCAGUUUUCCUAGUGCUUCACUUUUUACGGCAACGCGUUUCUUUAGAGAUUUAAUUUCUCAUGAUUAUCAGUGAGGGCUCACUCAGGGAACAGAAACAUUAGGAACGUGAUUGGCGGAAAGAAAUUAUUACUUGGGUAUAAACUUUUUAAUUAAGGAACUGAAAUCGCGAGAGAGGACUUACGAUCUUGAAAGUAACACUCAAGAAAACAGUUGCUGCCCCUGGCUAAUUAAAUAAGGAAAGGGUUAAUUUUGGUAAAGUCGAGACAUUUAGAAGAUGGCCAGACAUGGAGACAAAGCUUAGGCCCCAGAGGAGUGAGGGGUAAGGCUAGCAAUCUGGAGGAAUACCUGACAGAGCUAUUCUGAAGUUUAAAAAAAAAAAAAACUCAUAGGAAAACAAUUCUCAUAGGAAAAGAAAUAUUGAUGCUUCUGUAGUAAAAAGGCGUUCUUUUAGUGACGUUCCAGGAUCCCCAGGCGGGUGUGACUGAGCAAGUACCUUCCCCUUCCUCAAGGCUCCUGUCCUCUUUCCAUCUCCCUCCACCUGCAGCUCCUGAGAGGAACGAACCGGGCAAGGGGAGGUGAGUUUGGUGGAGGUCCCCUAACACCAAAGUAUAUAAGGGCAGAACUGGAGCUCUGAAUCCCAAAGGUUAGAAACUGUCAUGUUCACAUGUUAACAUACAACAGUAGGAGAAUCAUCCGUCAAUAAUCCUCAGGAAAAUUUCCAGCAUCUUAAUCUAUCAGCAUCAGGGACUUCCUCUGGGAGUCAAUACAUUGAUACUCAUUUCUUCGGCACUGUUAGAUAAAAUGUCUUCACUAAGCCACUUUAUAAGAUAUACUAUUUUCCCACACCCGCUUAUCCCGGCCCGCAGCAGCUCUCUGCUCCCAGACCCCGUGAGAGAGAGAAACCCAACCGCCUGGUCAGGUGGGCACUCCUGAGGCUGCAGAGCGGAAGAGACCACCAACACUGCUCACCCCUGCCCACAUCCCUGGCCCAAGAGGAAACUGUAUAAGGCCUCUGGGCUCCCGUGGGGGAGGGCCCAGGAGCGGCAGGACCCCUGCCUGAGACACCGCCGGAACCUGAAGGAAACAGACCAGAUAAACAGUUCUCUGCACCCAAAUCCCGUGGGAGGGAGAGCUAAACCUUCAGAGAGGCAGACAAGCCUGGGAAACCAGAAGAGACUGCUCUCUGCACACACAUCUCGGACGCCAGAGGAAAAAGCCAAAGACCAUCUGGAACCCUGGUGCACUGAAGCUCCCGGAAGGGGCGGCACAGGUCUUCCUGGUUGCUGCCGCUGCAGAGAGCCCGUGGGCAGCACCCCACGAGCGAACUUGAGCCUCGGGACCACAGGUAAGACCAAAUUUUCUGCUGCAAGAAAGCUGCCUGGUGAACUCAAGACACAGGCCCACAGGAAGAGCUGAAGACCUGUAGAGAGGAAAAACUACACGCCCAAAAGCAGAACACUCUGUCCCCAUAACUGACUGAAAGAGAGGAAAACAGGUCUACAGCACUCCUGACACACAGGCUUAUAGGACAGUCUAGCCACUGUCAGAAAUAGCAGAACAAAGUAACACUAGAGAUAAUCUGAUGGUGAGAGGCAAGCGCAGGAACCCAAGCAACAGAAACCAAGACUACAUGGCACCAUCGGAGCCCAAUUCUCCCUCCAAAACAAACAUGGAAUAUCCAAACACACCAGAAAAGCAAGAUCUAGUUUCAAAAUCAUUUUUGAUCAUGAUGCUGGAGGACUUCAAGAAAGACGUGAAGAACUCCCUUAGAGAACAAGUAGAAGCCUACAGAGAGGAAUCGCAAAAAUGCCUGAAAGAAUUCCAGGAAAACAUAAAUAAACAAGUAGAAGCCCAUAGAGAGGAGACACAAAAUUCCCUGAAAGAAUUCCAGGAAAACAUAAAUAAACAAGUAGAAGCCCAUAGAGAGGAGACACAAAAAUCCCUGAAAGAAUUCCAGGAAAACACAAUCAAACAGUUGAAGGAAUUAAAAAUGGAAAUAGAAGCAAUCAAGAAAGAACACAUGGAAACAACCGUGGAUAUAGAAAACCAAAAGAAGAGACAAGGAGCUGUAGAUACAAGCUUCACCAACAGAAUACAAGAGAUGGAAGAGAGAAUCUCAGGAGAAGAUUCCAUAGAAAUCAUUGACUCAACUGUCAAAGAUAAUGUAAAGCGGAAAAAGCUACUGGUCCAAAACAUACAGGAAAUCCAGGACUCAAUGAGAAGAUCAAACCUAAGGAUAAUAGGUAUAGAAGAGAGUGAAGACUCCCAGCUCAAAGGACCAGUAAAUAUCUUCAACAAAAUCAUAGAAGAAAACUUCCCUAACCUAAAAAAAGAGAUACCCAUAGACAUACAAGAAGCCUACAGAACUCCAAAUAGAUUGGACCAGAAAAGAAACACCUCCCGUCACAUAAUUGUCAAAACACCAAACGUACAAAAUAAAGAAAGAAUAUUAAAAACAGUAAGGGAAAAAGGUCAAAUAACAUAUAAAGGCAGACCUAUCAGAAUCACACCAGACUUCUCGCCAGAAACUAUGAAGGCCAGAAGAUCCUGGACUGAUGUCUUACAGACCCUAAGAGAACACAAAUGCCAGCCCAGGUUACUGUAUCCAGAAAAACUCUCAAUUAACAUUGAUGGAGAAACCAAGAUAUUCCAUGACAAAACGAAAUUUACACAAUAUCUUUCUACAAAUCCAGCACUACAAACGAUAAUAAAUGGUAAAGCCCAACAUAAGGAGGCAAGCUAUACCCUAAAAGAAGCAAGAAACGAAUCGUCUUGGCAACAAAACAAAGAGAAUGAAAGCACACAAACAUAACCUCACUUCCAAAUAUGAAUAUAACGGGAAGCAAUAAUCACUAUUCCUUAAUAUCUCUCAAUAUCAAUGGCCUCAACUCCCCAAUAAAAAGACAUAGAUUAACAAACUGGAUACGCAACGAGGACCCUGCUUUCUGCUGCCUACAGGAAACACACCUCAGAGACAAAGACAGACACUACCUCAGAGUGAAAGGCUGGAAAACAACUUUCCAAGCAAAUGGUCAGAAGAAGCAAGCUGGAGUAGCCAUUCUAAUAUCAAAUAAAAUCAAUUUCCAACUAAAAGUCAUCAAAAAAGAUAAGGAAGGACACUUCAUAUUCAUCAAAGGAAAAAUCCACCAAGAUGAACUCUCAAUCCUAAAUAUCUAUGCCCCAAAUACAAGGGCACCUACAUAUGUAAAAGAAACCUUACUAAAGCUCAAAACACACAUUGCACCUCACACAAUAAUAGUGGGAGAUUUCAACACCCCACUCUCAUCAAUGGACAGAUCAUGGAAACAGAAAUUAAACAGAGAUGUAGACAGACUAAGAGAAGUCAUGAGCCAAAUGGACUUAACGGAUAUUUAUAGAACAUUCUAUCCUAAAGCAAAAGGAUAUACCUUCUUCUCAGCUCCUCAUGGUACUUUCUCCAAAAUUGACCAUAUAAUUGGUCAAAAAACGGGCCUCAACAGGUACAGAAAGAUAGAAAUAAUCCCAUGCGUGCUAUCGGACCACCACGGCCUAAAACUGGUCUUCAAUAACAAUAAGGGAAGAAUGCCCACAUAUACGUGGAAAUUGAACAAUGCUCUACUCAAUGAUAACCUGGUCAAGGAAGAAAUAAAGAAAGAAAUUAAAGACUUUUUAGAAUUUAAUGAAAAUGAAGGUACAACAUACCCAAACUUAUGGGACACAAUGAAAGCUGUGCUAAGAGGAAAACUCAUAGCGCUGAGUGCCUGCAGAAAGAAACAGGAAAGAGCAUAUGUCAGCAGCUUGACAGCACACCUAAAAGCUCUAGAACAAAAAGAAGCAAAUACACCCAGGAGGAGUAGAAGGCAGGAAAUAAUCAAACUCAGAGCUGAAAUCAACCAAGUAGAAACAAAAAGGACCAUAGAAAGAAUCAACAGAACCAAAAGUUGGUUCUUUGAGAAAAUCAACAAGAUAGAUAAACCCUUAGCCAGACUAACGAGAGGACACAGAGAGUGCGUCCAAAUUAACAAAAUCAGAAAUGAAAAGGGAGACAUAACUACAGAUUCAGAGGAAAUUCAAAAAAUCAUCAGAUCUUACUAUAAAAACCUAUAUUCAACAAAACUUGAAAAUCUUCAGGAAAUGGACAAUUUCCUAGACAGAUACCAGGUAUCGAGGUUUAAUCAGGAACAGAUAAACCAGUUAAACAACCCCAUAACUCCUAAGGAAAUAGAAGCAGUCAUUAAAGUUCUCCCAACCAAAAAGAGCCCAGGUCCAGACGGGUUUAGUGCAGAAUUCUAUCAAACCUUCAUAGAAGACCUCAUACCAAUAUUAUCCAAACUAUUCCACAAAAUUGAAACAGAUGGAGCCCUACCGAAUUCCUUCUACGAAGCCACAAUUACUCUUAUACCUAAACCACACAAAGACCCAACAAAGAAAGAGAACUUCAGACCAAUUUCCCUUAUGAAUAUCGACGCAAAAAUACUCAAUAAAAUUCUGGCAAACCGAAUUCAAGAGCACAUCAAAACAGUCAUCCACCAUGAUCAAGUAGGCUUCAUCCCAGGCAUGCAGGGAUGGUUUAAUAUACGGAAAACCAUCAACGUGAUCCAUCAUAUAAACAAACUGAAAGAACAGAACCACAUGAUCAUUUCAUUAGAUGCUGAGAAAGCAUUUGACAAAAUUCAACACCCCUUCAUGAUAAAAGUCCUGGAAAGAAUAGGAAUUCAAGGCCCAUACCUAAACAUAGUAAAAGCCAUAUACAGCAAACCAGUUGCUAACAUUAAACUAAAUGGAGAGAAACUUGAAGCAGUCCCACUAAAAUCAGGGACUAGACAAGGCUGCCCACUCUCUCCCUACUUAUUCAAUAUAGUUCUUGAAGUUCUAGCCAGAGCAAUCAGACAACAAAAGGAGAUCAAGGGGAUACAGAUCGGAAAAGAAGAGGUCAAAAUAUCACUAUUUGCAGACGACAUGAUAGUAUAUUUAAGUGAUCCCAAAAGUUCCACCAGAGAACUACUAAAGCUGAUAAACAACUUCAGCAAAGUGGCUGGGUAUAAAAUUAACUCAAAUAAAUCAGUAGCCUUCCUCUACACAAAAGAGAAACAAGCCGAGAAAGAAAUUAGGGAAACGACACCCUUCAUAAUAGACCCAAAUAAUAUAAAGUAGCUCGGUGUGACUUUAACGAAGCAAGUAAAAGAUCUGUACAGUAAGAACUUCAAGACACUGAGGAAAGAAAUUGAAGAAGACCUCAGAAGAUGGAAAGAUUUCCCAUGCUCAUGGAUUGGCAGGAUUAAUAUAGUAAAAAUGGCCAUUUUACCAAAAGCAAUCUACAGAUUCAAUGCAAUCCCCAUCAAAAUACCAAUCCAAUUCUUCAAAGAGUUAGACAGAACAAUUUGCAAAUUCAUCUGGAAUAACAAAAAACCCAGGAUAGCUAAAGCUAUCCUCAACAAUAAAAGGACUUCAGGGGGAAUCACUAUCCCUGAACUCAAGCAGUAUUACAGAGCAAUAGUGAUAAAAACUGCAUGGUAUUGGUACAGAGACAGACAGAUAGACCAAUGGAAUAGAAUUGAAGACCCAGAAAUGAACCCACACACCUAUGGUCACUUGAUUUUUGACAAAGGAGCCAAAACCAUCCAAUGGAAAAAAGAUAGCAUUUUCAGCAAAUGGUGCUGGUUCAACUGGAGGGCAACAUGUAGAAGAAUGCAGAUCGAUCCAUGCUUAUCACCCUGUACAAAGCUUAAGUCCAAGUGGAUCAAGGACCUCCACAUCAAACCAGACACACUCAAACUAAUAGCAGAAAAACUAGGGAAGCAUCUGGAACACAUGGGCACUGGAAAAAAUUUCCUGAACAAAACAUCAAUGGCUUAUGCUCUAAGAUCAAGAAUCAACAAAUGGGAUCUCAUAAAACUGUAAAGCUUCUGUAAGGCAAAGGACACUGUGGUUAGGACAAAACGGCAACCAACAGAUUGGGAAAAGAUCUUUACCAAUCCUACAACAGAUAGAGGCCUUAUAUCCAAAAUAUACAAA